AACGAAAAACGUAAUGAAUUUUCCGAAUCUCCUCUUACAUAUCUCUUUCUGUCUAUUUAUAUGCACUUGCGUGUCCUCAUUGUCAUUUCUUUGCUUUACUUUCAAGCAAUUGAGUUCUUGGUACAUAUUUAUUUUUAACAUGGAAGGUGCUAUCGUUAGGAGGGUCAUUCCAUCAGACAACAGCUGCCUCUUCAAUGCUGUUGGGUAUGUUAUGGACCAUGACAAACACAAAGCUCCUGAGUUGAGACAGGUUAUAGCUGCGACAGUGGCCAGUGAUCCAACACAAUAUUCUGAAGCAUUCCUUGGGAAGCCAAAUGAAGAGUAUUGUACCUGGAUUCUUAACCCGGAGAAGUGGGGAGGUGCCAUUGAGCUUGCAAUAUUAUCAGAUUAUUAUGGACGUGAAAUCGGAGCAUAUGAUAUCCAAACCUCAAGAUGUGAUUUGUAUGGACAGGGAAAAAACUAUCAUGAAAGGGUAAUGCUAAUUUAUGAUGGGCUCCAUUACGAUGCUCUGGCCAUGUCUCCUUCUGAUGGAGCUCCAGAAGAGUUUGACCAGACAAUAUUCCCUGUGCAUAAGGAUAGGACUAUUGGGCCAGUUGAAAGGCUCACUCUCAAUCUUGUUAAGGAACAGCAAAGGAAAAGGAGUUACACCGACACUGCCAACUUCACUUUGCGAUGUGGGGUCUGCCAGAUUGGAGUCAUUGGCCAAAAGGAAGCUGUGGAACAUGCACAAGCAACUGGACAUGUCAACUUCCAAGAAUAUAGAUGACAAAAUUCGAAACAAACUAUGAAACAGAAUUUUUUUUAAAAUUUCUUCCAAUUUGCUCUUUAAGACUUAGACUGUUGAUUUGGUUUUACAGUCAAUAUGUUACUCCCAUUGGAUAGAUAGUUAAAGGUGGGAUCAAUGUGCUUGUCUGAUUUAUUUGGGGGAGAAAUUGUUGUACAAUGAUCUGUUGUUGUACCAAUGUUGGGUGGGGGGGGGGGGGGGGGGGGGUUUGGUGUUGAAUGCCAUUAUUAUGAUUCCUGUUUGAGGACCUUCAAUUUACUAUCUAUGUUCGAUUUUCUAAAUUUUUGCUCCU